AUGGAAGAGCCGCACGAUCCCGCCAGUCGGGACCCGAGUGAAGCGGAUAGUGCGCCUCUGUCCCUGAGCCAGGUCUCCCCACCGCCGCCUCUGCUGCAGCCUGCAUUGCAUCCAACUCACAGGACCACUAACUUUUUUAUAGAUGACAUACUCCGACCUGACUUUGGCUGCAAGAAGGAUCAGGGAACAGGCGCAAGGGAGCGUCCUAAUGACUCUGACAUGGGCGGGCAGGGUAGGCCCGUGCCGCCCGGAACUCCAUGCCCAGACUCCACCGACAGCGUGUUCUCUUGUACUUCCUCUUCAGUCUCGUCGCCAUCAAGCCAGAGAGAGCCCAGAGCGGACAAAUCAAGUAGAGCUACAACGCGAGACCAUUCUAGAGAAUCAGCACCAGGUCCGAAGCUCAGUAGCGGAGAAGCAGCGGGUGGUAAAGACCCUCGCGCUUUACUUUGGCCCGCUUGGGUUUACUGCACCAGAUACUCAGACCGUCCUUCAUCCGGCCCAAGGACCCGCAGACUGAAGAAGAAUAAGAGCCAGGCGGAGAAUAAGCGGCCCAGGACGGCAUUUACGGCUGAACAGCUGCAGCGGCUGAAGGCGGAAUUCCAGCUGAACCGUUACAUCACCGAGCAGCGGCGUCAGACCCUCGCACACGAGCUCAACCUCAAUGAGUCGCAGAUUAAAAUCUGGUUUCAGAACAAACGCGCCAAGAUAAAAAAAUCCAACGGUUACAAAAACUCACUGGCGCUGCAAUUGAUGGCGCAGGGAUUGUACAACCACUCCACCACCACUAUCCAAGACGACAGUAACUGAAGGAUAGAAAGGUGCAUGAAGCUGCACACAAACUGAACAGCAGGACUGCGUUUGGAAAUCGAAGUGUCUGAAAAGAAGUUUGA